UUACAUGGAUGACAUUUCUACACCAGACAAAAUGUUUUGAUUUUUGGCCGCUGUUGAUUGUAAAGAGUUCACUGUCCAUUUCUAACAGAUAAGAUGAAAUUCUGUGAUGAAUAUUAUUUCACUGUCCUCUGAAGUGACAUUUUGAUCCGAAAUGAGAAACAUAUUUAAGUAACACCAUGAAUAAGGAUAUUACAACACAACUUAAAGUGCUUCAGUGCUGUCAGUGUCAGAAUGACGUAGAAUUUUACUGUAGGCCAUGCAAACAAAAUCUUUGUAUUACGUGUAAGCAGAAACACGCUAUGUACCUCGAUACCAAAGGCCAUGAUGUCGUUAUUUACCGUUUAAAGCAUGGGGACUUUAUAAUACCGGAGUCAUGUGAUAUACACCCAAACUGCAAAUAUAAAAUUUGGUGCAAAUCCUGUGAGUGUCCCACCUGUGAUAGAACUGAUGAACAUCAAGGACAUAGAAUUCUGGAUAUCAUAUCAGCCUGCACGGCUCAAAGACAGGAACACAGGGAAAGACUUAUUCAGAUUAGAGGCGAGAGUCUCCCAUAUAAUCGUGCGAUCCUAGCAGGUCUCAAAUCUGACGUCAAAAUAGACAGAAAAUCAUUGAAAGCAAAACUCUCCAGCAUCCAACAAGAGCUUGCAAUUAAAGCUGCAAACUUGAUAAAACUUAUCGAAAUACAUAGUAAGGCACUAAAUGAUUUACAUCAAACAAAUAUUUAUAUGGAUUUUGUAUUGAAGCAUCAAAAUAUAAAGGAAUAUGUACUUAGAUACGAGAAACUGGCGAAGAAGCCUGUCAAGUUUCUGCUGUUCACAAAGAAAACCCCUGUCCCCAAGACAAUAGAACUUCCUGAUAACAUAAAGUGGAAUUUUAGUUUAGAAAUAAGUAUAAGGGACAUUUUUGAGCUGUUGGUUGACAUCAAAACUACAGAGACAGGGAAAAGACAAGCAAGAAAUGAACAUUUGUUGAGACUGAUAAAAGGGCCUAUCAUUAAUAUUAAUAAUGUUGUUGUGACUAACUUAAAUCAUGGUGGACACAUUUCCUUUGUGACACCAGAUAGGAUUUGGGUCAGUGAUGGAUGCAGUCUUAUUUUGACAAAUUCUGAAGGUGAAAAUCUGCAUCAUUUCUUUGAUGUUAAAAAUCACUAUGGAGUACAUACGGUUAACAAUGCAGGAGAACUGAUUUAUGUAGACACAAACCUGAACAUUAAUAAACUAAGUGCAGACAAUACUACAAAGUCGACACUGAUUAAGAGACUAGAACUAUGGGAACCACUGUGUAUCUGUUAUGCACCUUUCACUGGAGAUCUUCUGGUCAUGAUGAAGUUUAAUGCUAGAAAGUAUAUUGAUUCCGAGGUGAAAAUCAUUCGGUAUAAUAGCAGAAUGCAACCAGUACAAUUCAUCCAGUAUGGUAGCUUAGGUCUGCAAUUAUAUAGUGGACCUAUCUAUAUCACGGAGAACCGAAAUGGAGAUGUUGUUGUGUCUGAUAAAAUCAGUGGAUUGGUGGUCACAGAUAUUAAAGGAAAUUAUCGUUUUACUUACAGAGGAUCACCGAAUGGAUCAGCAUUGAUGUUUUUUAUUCCAUAUGGAACCUGUGUGGAUGCAUUUUUAAAUAUACUCAUCUGUAGUCGAACGGACCACGCAAUACACGUGAUUGACAAGGACGGCCAUCUCCUGUCAAUUAUACCAACAAGACAAGAUGGAAUGGUUCAGCCAUUAGGUUUGGGAUAUGAAGAGAAAAAUCAUCUUGUUUGGAUUGUAUCAACAAACAACAACAAACUGUGUGUAUACAGAUAUGUAGAACGACAAGAUUAUCUUGCAGAUAUUUCAUAA